AUGCCAUCCAUCCCUGCGGAUUUAAAUGGUUUGAAAGAGCUCACCGCCCAGUCAACCUUGGAACGACCCUGGAUCGAGUGGUUCACGUCCGAGGUCGAGAAGAUGCCCAUCCGGAACAUCCCCGACCACAAGCCCUUCCUGCCGAGCAAGUCGGAAAAGCAGAAGAUCGGCCGCCUCGUGCACGCCCUCAAGAUGGGCUGGGUCAAGACCCGCGCCGAGACGGAACGGCUGGCCGCCGCCGCCAAGGGUCCCAAGUUCUACAUGGUGUGGGACAGCGACCACGGCAAGGAGGACAUCCGACGCAUCCACGACCACGUGGUGGCCCCGAAGCGACCCCUGCCGGGGCACGCCGAAUCGUACAACCCACCGCCCGAGUAUCUGUUCAACGAGCGCGAGCUGGCCGAGUGGAACAGCCACGAGGAGGAACCGUGGCGCCGCAAGCUGCACUACAUUCCGCAAAAGUUCAACUCGCUGCGGGAGGUGCCGUACUACGCGCAGUACGUUCGGGAGCGCUUCCUGCGCUGUCUGGAUCUUUAUCUGUGUCCGCGGGGCAAGCGAACGCGCGUCACCGUCGGGCCAGAGUAUUUGAUUCCGAAGCUGCCUCGCCCGGACCUGCAGCCGUUCCCGACGCUGCAGAACCUGGUGUACCGCGGCCACACCGACAUGAUCCGCACGAUCAGCAUCGAGCCGAAGGGCGAGUACCUGGUGACCGGGUCGGACGAUAAGACCAUCAAGAUUUGGGAAGUCUCGACGGCGCGUUGCAUCAAAACCAUCCCCACCGGGGACGUGGUCCGCUCGGUGGCGUGGUGUCCGAACGUCAAAAUAUCCCUCAUCGCAGUGGCCUCCGGCAAGCGCACGCUGCUGAUCAACCCGCACGUUGGCGACUGCCUGUUGUCGAAAAAGACCGACGAUCUGCUGGCGGAAGCCCCCAAGCACGAAGUAGUGGACAACGAGCGCAUCAGCACAGCCGUCCAGUGGGUCGAUGUGGCCGAGGAGGAGCAGAAGGCCGGCGUCCGGAUCGUGAUCAACCACUUCCGCGAGAUUAAGCAAGUCACGUGGCACGGCCGGGGCGAUUACUUCGCCACCGUGAUGCCGGAAGCCCAGAACCGAUCGGUGUUGAUCCACCAGCUGUCCAAGCGACGCUCCCAAUUCCCGUUCUCCAAGAGCAAAGGCCUCAUCCAGUGCGUCCUAUUCCACCCGGUAAAGCCGUGUCUCUUCGUAGCGACCCAGCGCCACAUCCGCGUGUACGACCUGGUCAAGCAGGAACUGCUCAAGAAGCUCUUCCCCAGCUGCAAGUGGAUCUCGAGCAUGGCGAUCCACCCGAAAGGGGACAACCUCCUGGUCGCCACCUACGAGAAGAAGAUGAUGUGGUUCGAUCUGGACCUGUCGACGCGACCCUACCAACAGCUCAAGCUGCACUUUUCCGCCAUCCGGAACGUGGCCUUCCACCAGCGUUACCCACUGUUCGCAUCGGCCAGCGACGACCGCAGCGUGAUCGUGUCCCACGGAAUGGUUUACAAUGACCUGAUGCAAAACGCGCUGAUUGUGCCGUUGCGGCGGCUGGAGAACCACGAGCGGGUCAACGACUUUGGUGCAUUCGAUGUGGUGUUUCACCCGACGCAACCGUGGCUGUUUUCGUCCGGGGCAGACAAUACGGUGCGGUUGUACACGUAAGGUGGGCACAGUCUACGCGAAUGUUUGGUGUAGAGAGGAAGAUUAUUAAGGUGGUUCAAAUAAAAUGUUUGAAAAAUAUAUUCAUUUAAAGAAAGGUCAAAA